ACGCCGCGGGAGAGUCCCGGUCACCGCGGCCAGUGCGCUUGGCUGUUGCAGAAACGAACGGAAACGCCUCCGUUUUACAAAACAAAGCGGAGAAGCGGGAGGCGUGCGCGGUCUGGGUGCUGACCUCGGCGGUGGGUCCCUCCGGUCCGGGCGUUUCGGCACCUUUGGGUGGCGAUGGAGAGAGGCCUGGAGAGCUGCCGGCGCUCGGAGUCCAACGGUCUCCGGGCGCCUCCGAUCACCGCGGCCGUGGACCUGCAGAGCCGCGUGCAGGAGACCCUGGACCUGCUGUCCCCGCAGGAGCUGAGCAACUUCCGCAUCUUCCUCAAGUCUGUGGACGAGGAGCCGCGCGUGACCCCCUUGCGGCUGGAGCUGGCGGGCAACAGCAAGGAAAGGCUGGCGGAUCUCCUGGUCCAGCACUACUGCGAGCCCGCCUCCGCAUCGCGCGUCCUCAUCAAGGUGCUGCAGCAGCUACGCCGAGCCGACCUGCUCCGCCGCUGGCAGGGCGCCGGGGCCGCAGACGACCGGGAGAUUCCAAGAAAGAUUCUAAAGAGAAGCUAUGAUUGUGUGGAUGGCGAACUGGACUGUUAUGACUUGAGAGGCAAGCGGAAGGCUUUCGUCAUGUGCGUGGAGAAGAACAGACCUGGGGCUCACCGGGACAUCUGUCUGAUGGAGGAGUGGCUUGGCCAGUGCCGGUUUGAGCAUACACAGUGCAUUGAUCCUAACAAAAUGGAGUUAAUUGAGAAAAUAAGAUCAUUUCGUGAUGGACUCAAUGAAAGUAAAGAUGAUGUUGGCUGUUGCCUUGUUACCCUUAUGUCCCAUGGAGAGAAAGGCUUUAUUAAAAUGGAAGAUGGUGAAAAAGUCAGCCUGGAGGACAUUUUUGAAAUGUUUAAUAAUAAAAAUUGUCCAGCACUGCAGGAGAAACCAAAGAUCUUUAUCAUCCAGGCCUGCAGAGGAGAGAAAAGAGACAGCGGUGUCGAGACAGACGAUGAACCCAUGGAGUCUGAUGACGUAGCUGAGAAGAGGAGGCUGCCCACGUUCAGUGAUUAUUUCAUCAUCUAUCCCACCCAGGCAGAUCAUGUUGCUUUACGGCACCCUCGCACUGGCUCUGUGAUGAUUGAAGCGAUGUCUGCAGUCUUUAAACAGUAUGGAAAUAAGUGGCACAUCGCUGACUUCUUCACCAAAGUGAAUAAUAGAGUGGUGCACACUGAAUUUCAUCUACAUGAGGAACCAAUUAAAGUAUCACUUGUCAUGGAAUCAACUUUAACUAGAUUUGUGUACUUCUGACAUCUGGAAGAUGAAAAACUAAGGACUGCUUUGUAACAGACUUUGUAAAGAGCUGAGAGCAUUUGUAGCAUUGUACUAAUAGUUAUCGUUUUGCAUUAUUACUGUCACCGGUUGUAUUUCUCCAAUUCGUUUUGCAUAUUUUUCAAAGAUUGAACCAUGCUUAUUUGACACUUAGAAAUAAUUCGAUUUCUUUUAAAAGAUGACUGUUUUUUGAAAAUGAUUUUUCUGAACUGUUAUCCAACCUCAGGAGUCCAGCUCCAUUGUGGACCAUUUUUAUCAUGUGCUUCCCUUACUGGUUACACCCUAUCCCCCCCCACUUGGUGCUGGUGUUUGUCCUCAUUUUCUUGUCCAUCUUCAAGAACUGUCUUGAUAUAGUCUUGACCUGUGUUUCUUCUGAUUUCCUCCAUAUUAUUGUCUGUAGCCAGACUCGUCUCUUUUUGACUCCAUAAGCCAUUCUCUACUCUUACCUGGAUGUUCUCAUUUGCCCUCUGUGCCCUUGUUGCCUCAUGUUUCUCCCUUUCCCCCACUCCCCAGCUUCCUCCCUGCUGUGCAGGACCUUUGAACUACCGUUUUUCUCUGCCUGGAACAGUCUGUUCCACCCCAGUCCAUCUGGUCCUUCAGAGUUUGGCUCAAGCAUCCUUUGCACAGGGAAGCUUUUUGCAACGCCUCAUGCUAGUUCCUUUUCCAUGUGCUCUCGGACACCUUGCUUUUCUUCUGCCGCACUUAGCACCAACUGUACUUAAAUGACUAUGUAGUAGCCAUUAAAUCUCCCUCCAGUUCAGUCAUAAGCUGCAAGAGGCAGAGGCAUGUGUCUCAUUCAUUCCUGUGGCCCAGCUUCUGUCCAUGCCUUAAGACACACAGAAGCACUGUGAUGUUUACUGAAUUGACUGGUCUCUAUCUUUCAAUUAUUUUGUCCAUUCCUCAGACCUCACCUCAGUACCUCUGUGCAUCUAGCCACCUUCUAGUCAUCCCCACCUGCUGGGAUGUCCUGUGGCCACUUUAACUGAACAGUUGGAAGUCAGCCUUACAUUUCCCUUAAAUCUCUUCGUAAAACCCAUCUCAUUGUUAAUAAUUGACUCCCCACUGCCGGCAGAAUAUACUCAAAUUCCCCUAGGAGAAUAUCCCAAGUCCUUCUCUGUCAGGCCUUAACCUAUACUAUUUGUAUACUGCCUACUUGUACUGGGUCUUGACCACACCAGAUGAUUUGCCCUCCCUUCAAUAAUCCCCUCUCACAGAAUCAGACUUGUGGAUUACCCAACGUUAAAUGAAUGCUCUUGGCUAUGUUAUCAUAGUUCAUUCUCUCCUUUCUUACUGAAAUGCCCUUUGUUCUCAUUCUGUGCUUACUCUAUACCAUACAUUCCUUAGGAUGCAAAUUGGGUCCCAUCCCAUUAGAAGGAAAACCUGUAUGUAGACCAGUGAUUUGAGAGUAAUGAACUCCGGACUGAGCUUGAGUUCUCAGUGUAAUUGUGUUCUAACUUCUGGUGUAACUUUGGACUGUAUUAAACCCCAGUUUCCACAUCAUAACAGGAGAUCUGGCUCGGCUGAGAACUCAUUCCACUGGACUUCAGUGAACUUUGGCUUCUUAAUAAACUGUUCGUGAAUAUCCUGCAGGUGUGGCUAUUCCUGAAACUAGAGGUUCUAACUGGCAAUUGCAUAAGACUCUUGGGCCUGUAUGAGGAUACAGGUGUUUGGUGAAAAUGCUCUGAAGAUUGAGGGUCACAAUGAGUGAAGCAACCCAGAUCUCCAGGCAUGUCUCCAUUUCAGGGACAAUUGUGUCCUUUUCAGUUAAUGUGAUUUUUCAAGUAUAUAUAUGUGUGAUUGAAAUUUUUUAAACUUUUGAGUUUUGAUAUUUGAUAUGUAACUUUGCUUUUUUUUAGAGCAUUAAACUGUCACCUUGGUUCAUAAAA